AUGGCGACGUCCAACUCUCAGAGUCUCUUGAGACAGCGCGCUCCUCCUGCUACUAACGACGUCCAUGUCCGCAAUGAAAUUGAGGAGCCCUCAGCUGACAACAGAACCAAACGCGAAGUUGUUUGGGGGAAAACGCCCAGUGGCGAAGUUUUUCGCGUUCCGACUACACACGAUGUCCUGACGCUGUUUAAUCCGGCUUACCCAAAGAGUCAUUUCGACAUCCUCAGCUUGACUCUUCUUGGUUCUCAAAUUGUGUUGUACUUCAUUUUCCCCCGACACGUCUCCCAGAUCUUUUUCUUCCUCUACUUUGCAUUCUGGCGAGCUGCGUAUGAUGCUGGACUUGGCUGGGUCCUCACCAAACAAAGCAAACGAAAAUGGAUCGAAAAACAAGUCCAAAAGUUUGGUUGGAUGGAUGAAAAACGGCGUCCGGAGGUGAGGAACUGGGUACGUGCUCAGUUAGCAGGCAAGAUGGGGAAGGAUUAUUCCUUUGAUGAACUUCCCAUGGAGUAUAACACCUGGCUGCUUUUCCGCCAAGCUGUAGACAUCAUUUUGUUGAAUGACUUCGUAGCCUAUUGUAUGUUUGCAUUCGCGAGUUUCCGCGUCCCUGAGGGCCUCUCCAAUUUUGUCCACGUAAUGAGAUGGAUCGGAGGCUUAGCACUCAUUGGGUUCAAUCUUUGGGUCAAGACAGAAGCUCAUGCUGUCGUCAAAGAUUAUGGUUGGUACUGGGGUGAUUGUUUCUUUCAACGUGGCGCAUUGGUCUUCGAUGGCGUUUUCGAAUUGGCUCCUCAUCCUAUGUACUCUGUUGGUUACGCGGGUUAUUACGGCCUCUCGCUCAUCUCCGGCAGCUACGGGGUCCUUUUUGUUAGUCUUGCGGCUCAUGCCGCGCAAUUCGCGUUCUUGGUGUUCUUUGAGAAUCCUCAUAUCGAACGCCUAUACGGACAGCGUAAAGCGAUUGCAAAACGCACUCCCUUGGUGUCGUCACUGAAGUCUACCAAUAAGUCAAUUCCUAGUACCAGUGGGGCUGAAAUUUCGGAAGUCGAGGAAAGUGAUACUGAGUUGACUACCCCGUCCGCUACCGAAGGAGAGACUGCUACCGACACCGACUUAGAAACCGAGACGGAAACUGAAAUCGAGGAAAAGGAGAACCACGUCGGCAUUUUACUCAAGACCAAUUCAAAAUUAAGGUCCCCAGUGAGAAAUGGCAGUGGACGUAUAAGCCCGAAGAGUCCGCGAGCCAGGAAGUCUUCCAACCACCGGCAACAGGGGUCUGCCGCUAGCUCUUUGUCUACUUCCUGCACCGGGGACUUAACAUCCAAGACCCGGAAAUCAGUUUCCCAACAUGAUCUGUUGAACAAGUACUUCAGACGUGAUAUGGUGAUUUUCCGAAACGUAGAUGUUUUACGUGCCCCAGACGCUCUACUUAUUAUCUUAGUUGCCUACGUCGCCCUUUUCACCCUUUUACCUUCAUCUGUCUUUGCAUCUCAUUCAUCCCUCGUUGCGGUGCACUUCAUACACGCACUUAGUUGGUGUUUAUUCCACGUCUUUGGACUCGGAUUCCUUUUGCGAGCCCAAAGCGAGAGCAAGUUCUUGGUCAAGCAUUACAUGAAGAACUAUCACUAUACUUUUGGAAAUGAAGAAGGUGCCAAGGGUGCGAUUGUUGAAGCGUUCGCCAAUUUUAAGGCGAUCUAUAAUGCUUCUCUUUGUAUGACAUAUGUGUCUUUCAUUGGACUUGUAUGGCGUACCUACUCAAUUCCCUCUAACUGGACAGUCGGAGUUGAAUUGUUGCGCCACACAUUGGGAGCAUUAUUAGUCGGUUUGCAUGUAUGGGCGACCAUUGAAUCAUACGAAGUUCUGGGCGUCUUUGGGUGGUUCUUCGGUGAUUUCUUCAUGGAAGAGUUCCCCUCUCAUUUAGAGUAUUCUGGGAUUUAUCGGUACCUCAACAAUCCAGAAAUGAUGGGUGGUGCGGCUUGGUUUGGGCUUGGACUGAUCAGCGGUAGUAAACUUGUCUUCUCACUUGCUGUGAUCAAGCAUUUGGGACAUUGGUGGUUCGUUAGCAGUGUCGAAAACCCGCACAUGACGAAGUUCUAUGGUGAUUCUUUGCGCAAGGAGGCUGGCUUCAUCAAGGUCAUAAAGAAUGUUGCAAGCAAGAAUGCUAGACUUUUGGAGUCUCGUGCUGGAAAACAUGCGCCCGAGUUGAAGCGUGUCGCUAAAGAAGUAAAGGGUACAUUUGACAAGGUAUUUGAAGAGACUGCGGACGCUGUCGAAGAGUUCUUGGCGAAAUCUCGCCCUAAAAUUUCAGGAGUCGUCUUCGACACAAAGGUCCUUUUGCAACAGUCCCGAGAAAAAUUAGUCAUCACUCGAGUUGUCAGUGACAUGUCAUCCUAUGAUACCUCCAAGUACAGAGCCACCAUUUUGCCUAGUUCUGAUGGGACACUUCGCUUCCAUCUCGGCGAACCUAUCAAGAUCAGAUGGCAGGCGCCUCAUAUGCAUUCUCGGAAGGAUUGGAUCGGUCUUUACAGAGUUGGAGCUAAUAAAUCUAGUCUUAUAACGAAAACUUCCUCCAUGGGUAUGUGGGUACCAGUGCACGACGAGGAAUGGGAUGGUGAUAUACCCUUGGGACGUGAUCGUCCGGAUGUUCCGGUGAAAGAUUCUGAGAGCGGUGUUGUGACUUUCAAAGACAACAAUUUGCCUUGGAUCACUGGGCGCUACGAGAUUCGAUACCAUCAUGAUGGAAAAUAUAACGUUAUGUGUAUGGAUGGUCCUAUCGAAAUCUAUGUUGAAACACCAGCAGAGCUCAAUUUCAGCGCAGUCCGCCAGACUCUUAUGCGGAUAGUUCCUCUAUGUCUUGACUCGGACCCGUCGUUAAUCCCGCUCUCUUGCAAAGAUGACAAGACCCCCACUCUCGAACAAGGCCCUUCAAUCUCACGAGUAGAACUGGAUCCUCCUGAGCGCGCCGCUGAUUCUUAUUCCCAAUCGGACGUGGAAGAACGAGGACCAGACCCAGACGAUUUCAGUUUCUGGUCAGAGCUUCAAGCGAAACGAAUAUGUUCCGCUAUCAAGGAGGCAUUUGGUGUGGAAUAUGCGCCAGAAGUGGUGCUAGGUGACGCCAACUUGUCCGCACUGGCUAAUCGUAUACUACUGUCCAAGCAGAUGUAG